CAGCCAGUGCCUCAGAACGACUACUAUGCCAGAUACGACAUAGAUAAGCAUCCAGAGAACGGAGGCAUUUCUCCUAGGUUCACGCGCAAGUUUACUCCAAAUCCUGCUUCGCCAAGUGGAGAUAACACCGAAAGGCAAUUUCUACGAGUGUUACAGAAGGUUUAUCAGACUAUCGAGAAGAACGAGAUGAGACUGGAGGACCAGGAUCGAAAGGAUGCGAUCAGAAACGAGUGGCAACAACUGGCGCUGGUCAUAGACAGACUUCUUCUGUUUCUAUUUAUUGUCUUCACUACGGGCAUCACGCUUGCUCUGAUUCUGCCUGGAUACUAUGCACACAUGAGGGAAAUUGCUUGA